ACAAGUGCAGAGAGAACCACGGGGACCCAGCUGGGAGAGUAGAAUGGGGACUCUCUGGAGCCAGGAGAGACCCCCGGAAGAGGGGCAGCCCACUGAACGGAGCAGAUGGUGGGCCUCGGCCAGGCGGUUGCUAACGGCGGUCCUGCUUUUAAGCCUGCUCCUUGGUUCUUCUGUGCUUUUGUUCUACAUCUUCCGGAGCUGUGGGCCGCGCCCCUGUGAGAGAACCGCGUGCUGGCAUCUCCUGGAUUAUUACCUGGCCUCCGGGAACACCAGUGUGCCCCCCUGUACCGACUUCUUCAGCUUUGCCUGUGCAGAGGCCAAAGGAACCAGUAAUUCUUCUCAGGCCCUUGCUGACGAGAACAAGAGCCGACUUCGGGGGAUACUGGAGGCCCCCAGGUCCUGGCCCCCAGAGUCUGGGGAGGAGAAAGCCUUCCAGUUCUACAACUCCUGCCUGGACACACACGCCAUUGAGGCCGCAGGGGCUGGUCCCCUCAGACAGGUGAUUGAGGAGCUUGGAGGCUGGCCAGUCUCUGGUAAUUGGACUUCCUUAGACUUCAACCGAACUCUGAGACUUCUGAUGAGUCAGUAUGAUCACUUCCCAUUCUUCAGAGCUUAUCUGGGACCUCAUCCCACCCCUCCACACACGCCAAUCAUCCAGAUAGACCAGCCAGAGUUUGACGUUCCCCUCAAGCAAAAGCAGGAACAGAAGAUCUAUGCUCAGAUCGUGCGGGAGUACCUGACGUACCUGAACCAGCUGGGGACCUUGCUGGGAGGAGACUCGGGCCAGGUGCAAGAGCACGCCGGCUUGUCCAUCUCCAUUACCUCCCAGCUGUUCCAGUUUCUGAGGCCCCUGGGCCAGCAGCGGGCACAGGAAAAGCUCUUCCAGAUUGUCACUAUAGACCAGCUGCAGGAAAUGGCCCCUGCCAUCGACUGGUUGUCCUGCCUGCAAGCAACAUUCUCACAGAUGUCCCUGAGCCCCUCCCAGACCAUUGUGGUCCAUGACCUGGAUUAUUUGAAAAACAUGUCACAACUGGUGGAAAAACAACUGUUGAGCCACAGCGACUUUCUGCAGAGCCACAUGAUCUUCGGGCUGGUGGGGACCCUUUCUCCAGCGCUAGACAGUAAAUUCCAGGAGGCACGCAGAUUGCUGAACCAGAAACUGCGGGAGCUGACAGGACAGCCGCCUGUGCCUGCCCGCCCUCGAUGGAUGCAGUGCGUGGAGGACACCGGAGCCUUCUUCGAGCCUGUCCUGACUGCCCUGUUUGUCCGUGAGGCCUUCAGCCCAAGCACCCAAAGUGCUGCCAUGGACUUGUUCACUGCCAUCAAGGAUGCCCUUGUCACACGCCUCCAAAGCCUUCCCUGGAUGGAUGAGGAGACCCGCAAAAAGGCCCAGGACAGGGUCACCCAGCUGAGGGUAGAGAUGGGGGCCCCGGAAUGGGCCAUGAAGCCAGCACUCGCCAGACAGGAAUACAGUGAGGUGCACCUCGGACCCAACUUCCUGCAGUCCUUCCUGAGUGGCGUCCGGUCCCGCCGAGCUAGAAUUACCCAGAGCUCCCUGGAGCCUUUCCCCCACCACAGGUGGCAGGUGUCCCCCUGGGGGGUCAAGGCCUACUAUUCGAUAUCUGACCACGUGGUGGUCUUCCCAGCUGGACUCCUCCAACCACCACUCUUUCACCCUGCCUACCCCAGGGCCGUGAACUUUGGUGCUGCCGGCAGUAUCAUGGCCCGUGAGCUGCUGCACAUCUUCGACCAGCUCUUACUCCCCGGGGGCUGCCCGGCCUGUGACACGCAGGCCCUCCAGGGGGAGCUGCUGUGCCUGGAGAGCCACUACGCGGCCUCUCCCUUGCAUGGCGGGACUUCCUUCAACGGCUCCCAGGCGCUCCUGGAGGAUGCAGCCGAUGUGGGGGCGCUGGCCCUCGCCCUGCAGGCAUACAACAAGAGGCUAGUAUGGCGCCAUGGGGAGACCACCCUGCCCAACCUGGACCUCACGCCUCAGCAGCUCUUCUUCCGAAGCUAUGCCCAGGUGAUGUGUAGGGAGCUCAGCACACAGGAUUCCCAGGACACUCACAGUCCACCCACCCUUCGGGUCCACGGGCCCCUCAGCCACACCCCAGCCUUCGCCAGACAUUUCCACUGUCCACACGGUGCCCCCCUGAAGCCCUCCCGCCGCUGCCAACUCUGGUAACCGGGCUCCCAAAGAGACCUCAGUACAGAUGUAUCAAUGCCUCCCUGCCCCGUUCAUGGAAUCAGGGCGAUGUCUCCU